CCCCCCUACCCAAUUUUUCAUAAAACCAGUUUGUCGAGCGUUAUACAGCAAAAUACGUGAAGUAAUGGUCUCGAUCAUGGAGCCGAUUAGAGAAAAAGCACUUCAGGAAUAUAGAAAGAAACUCCUCGAGCAUAAGGAAGUAGAAUCUCGUCUGAAAGAAGUACGAGAACAUCUUAAAGAUCUCACCAAGCAGUAUGACAAGUCGGAGAACGAUUUGAAGGCUCUUCAAAGUGUAGGACAGAUUGUUGGUGAAGUUUUAAAACAGUUGACCGAAGAAAAAUUCAUUGUGAAGGCAACGAAUGGACCUCGUUACGUAGUUGGAUGUAGGCGUCAACUGGACAAAGCAAAGUUGAAAUCUGGAACAAGAGUAGCUUUGGAUAUGACGACAUUAACUAUAAUGCGUUAUCUACCUCGUGAGGUUGAUCCGUUGGUGUAUAACAUGUCCCAUGAGGAUCCAGGAGAUGUUUCAUAUCUGGAGAUUGGUGGUUUGGGAGAGCAAAUUCGUGAAUUGAGAGAAGUUAUAGAAUUGCCACUGUUGAACCCAGAGCUGUUCCAGCGUGUGGGAAUAACACCGCCAAAGGGUUGUCUUUUGUACGGACCACCAGGAACAGGAAAAACUUUGCUAGCUCGAGCAGUAGCGAGUCAAUUGGACGCAAACUUCUUGAAGGUCGUUUCGAGCGCUAUAGUGGACAAAUAUAUUGGUGAAUCAGCCCGACUGAUUCGAGAAAUGUUCAAUUAUGCUCGUGACCAUCAGCCCUGUAUAAUAUUCAUGGAUGAGAUCGACGCGAUCGGAGGCAGAAGAUUCUCCGAAGGUACGAGUGCUGACCGUGAGAUUCAGCGUACACUCAUGGAACUGCUAAAUCAAAUGGAUGGUUUCGACUCGCUGGGCCAAGUCAAAAUGAUCAUGGCUACUAAUCGACCGGACACUCUUGAUCCUGCCCUCCUCCGUCCCGGUCGAUUGGAUCGCAAGAUCGAAAUUCCCUUGCCUAACGAACAAGCCCGUUUGGAAAUAUUGAAAAUUCAUGCCGCUGGCAUUUCAAAACAUGGUGAAAUCGACUAUGAGGCCGUCGUCAAAUUGUCAGAUGGUUUCAAUGGCGCCGAUCUUAGAAAUGUUUGCACUGAAGCCGGUGUAUUUGCCAUUCGACUCGAACGCGAAUACGUCAUUCAGGAAGACUUCAUGAAAGCCGUCCGUAAAGUCUCUGACAACAAGAAACUUGAAUCCAAACUUGAUUACAAACCCGUGUAGUUUUUCUUCUUUCUCAUUCUUUGCAUAUAUCAAUAGUAUAGGUAUAUCUUAUAUAACACGAGACAACUACGAAACCCACGUUUGUAUUCGAGGUUCCAGCUAAGAUUUAAUAAUAAAAUAAUCGAAAAGAACUGUA